AAAACGCUAACAUUCACUGAGAAAUGCUACCCGGGUGGAGCAGAGCAGUUUCCAAUCUCUCCAAGCUCGGUUUACAGAAGAGAAUGGAAUCUCCAAAAGAUAUUUACCUCAUCUACCGGAACUAUUCCAGGGUCGCUGCAGCAGCAGCGACUGCAACUAUGGCUGAUUCCGCUCCAAAAGGGGUCUCCGGCAAAUCAGAGGUGAGUUUAAAUGCUAUGUUUUGGUCAAAGCCCUGUUCUCUGGCUUUGGCUUCUGACUCUCCUCUGAGAGUAGAAGAGCCUAAAUAUGAUGGCAUUCGAUAUAUCAUGCUCAAGUUAUUGCUGUUUUAUAGUAAACAGAGCAAAUCAAUUAGAGGGGCAAAUGUGGUAUAUCGACGCAUCAUUUCACAAGUUGACAGACCUGCAAUUUAUGAUGUAUUUCAAUUGGAAAAAACCUUCAAAACAUCAUUUUCUUUGCUUGUACUUCAUAUGUGGCUUUGUUUACGGCGUUUGAAAGACGAGGGAAAGGAAGGUGUUGAGUUCGGACAAUACCUAUACGAGAUUUAUAAUCAUGAUUUGGAGCUGAGAGUGUCUAAAGCUGGGGUGAACUUGCUAUUGAGUAAAUGGAUGAAGGAUCUGGAGAAGAUAUUCUAUGGAAACAUUGUUGCGUAUGAUGCUGCCAUGCUUCCUGAAGCUAAAAAGGAUGAGCUUUCAAAUGUGAUUUGGAGGAAUAUUUUCUCUGAUGAUGGUUCCGAGAUGCCAAAUACUGCUGCUCUCAGUGCAGUCCAGGCCAUGUCGAGGUAUGCUCGCCGGGAGUCUACUUGCUUGUCAUUAACAGACAAGGAAGCUAUAUUGUCUGGUAACUUCAUGUUCACCUUGCUGGGAAACCAAUCAACAGAACCAGCUAAUAUACCAAAAUGAAACCAAGGGCUGUGGAAGGUAAUCGCAUGAUGCUGUGGAUUUAAAUAGAAUCUUAUUUUUUUAUUUUUUUUUGAAAGAUAAAUAGAAUCGCAAUAUGCAUCCCCAUUACUUUAAGAAAACAAUUGUAAAGCUUCAUAAAUCACCGUAAAUAUAUUUUUUGGGUGAUAAUGAUGUAGCAGAUGAAUGUGCUCUUUGGUAUGGAUUCAUACAACUUGGAAGAAAAUUUGGCUCUGUUGCUCAA